AUGAGUUGGGAUCAACAGGCAUAUAGCUUUGGGAAUCCAAACGCUCAACCACCCACGCCAACGAAGACCCCAACGUCUGGCCAAUUCCCGAGUCCAACUUUCCAUACACCACGGAAUACUGCAUCAAGCUUUGAGGAACGUAGUGGCUGGACACCUCAAUUUGCUGAGGAGUACUCGGUCUUCAAUUCCACUCCAGGACGCUUGACUAGUGAACAACACAAUUCGUUUGUAGACGUAUCAACGCCUCGAUUACAGAAUAUAGCUCCCCACCAACGUCCAUUGUCUAUUGCACAAGAUCUUGUUGCAGAGCUUGCAUCGCAUGUACAUCAUUUAUCACCGAACCCAAACCUUCAAUUACCUCCAGUGGAUCCUUCCAAUCAACUGCCAUCGUCGCCCGGUCCCUAUACAACUGAACAUAAUCGCUUCGAUGAUACACAUAAUCAGAUCGUAACCCCGAGAAAGCCUAAGAAGCGGUUGGAAGAAGCCUUUUCUGGACAAACAGCCACUCCACCAGCAACUGCUUCGAAAGGUUCAAGAAGACUCGCCCCUAAAUUACAGACCAGUACAAUGCAGCAUGAAUCCCAGGACGGUCAGUAUGGCACCCAGCACACGCCUACACAGUCGAAUCUUUUGUCCUUCCCAACCACUACUGCGGAUUUCUUCAAUUACCCAAUGUCCGCACCUGCAACAGCUCCCAUAUAUGGCAACCAAAAGUCAUUUUGGGAGCCUGACACUGAUAUGGGUGGUAUGAGUAUUGAUUUUACAACUGAAGAUGCAGCAAUGUUUCUACCAGCGAAUGGGAACCAUAAAGCUAACAAUUCGUUUGAUUGGGGAAGGAGUAACCAAAUAUUUCAAGAUACGGUGAACAUGCCUCCUAGCCAACCAGAACAAAAGGUUACCACCAAGCGGCAGCGACCACUCGCUCCCAAAAUUGCUGUUUCCCAAACUCAUCUAGAAACCUCGACAUCAAUGGCACCUUUUGAUUUCAACAGUAUGUCGGCUUCUGAAGACGUUUACUCGGCUGGUCUUGAUGCAGUUGAUCCUGGGCUUCUGUUUAGUAGACGCCAUACUACAAUGCCUUCCGAUUUCGAAGACGUAUCUUUGCCUCCAACGAGACCCGUAACGAGCCAUACUACCCGUCUUCAACCUUAUCAGCACCAAACUCGGGAAGCUUCGAGGGACCAGGAAGAGUUACGACGGUCUUAUAACUUGCGUGAUGGCGGAGGAAAUAUGGAUCGUUUCGAGAGAAGUAUAAUGAGUUCACCAGUCAAGGGCUCCGCGCGUCCAGGUUUGCACCGAAGCGUUAGCGAGUCCAGAGGUAAAAGGACGCAAGAUCGUUCAAGACUUCGUACGGGACGUAUAUCACCAGUCAAACAACAACGUCCGCCUAAUUUAUCAUCCAUCCCCGAACAAAGCCCAAGAUCUCGGACAGAGGUCCGCUUUACCAUCGACCCUAAUGGCCGAGCGAGAACAGAGACUGUCGUUAUCCAGGAAGAAACAAGACGUAAUCUAGUGCGAAAACCUACCAUGCAGCAACGUUACGAACAUCUUUCGGGAAACGAAUCAUCUUCAGAUGACGAGCCAAUCAUAAUUCCAAGUCGAAAUAAUUCCUUCGCUCUUCCAUCGCAACCAAAAGGACCAAAGCUUGCCAGAUUCGACACUUCUCAACGAAGCAUGGACUCGAGGCGGCGAAGCACGGGAGGUUAUAGUCAUUCUGAAUCCUCAAGUCAACAAUCAUUGCGGUUUGAUAGUGCAGAAAGCGAGGCCGAAACGGUGGUCGACGAGGAUGAUGGUUCCGGGGAUGCUACCUUGGAAAUGAAGAAACUUUUAGAGAACCGCAAGCGAGCCCAGAUGGUUCAAUCUAGAACACCGCGGCAUCAUCGAUACUCGACACAAAACCCUCGACGUGCUUCCCAAUACGUUCCUUAUAGCUCUUCAAAUACCCCCACGACAGUCACAGAUCCGGACGGGGCCACUCCUUCCAGCACAAGGAGUGGAACUACCAGAUGUGUUUGCAAUAAUGUGGAAGGUGAGGGAGGAUUUAUGAUUCAAUGCGAAUCCUGUGACAACUGGCUACACGGCGAAUGUGUGAACAUUGAUCGCCGAAGCCUUCCUCCUGUCUAUAUCUGCGCAUAUUGCGCCAAUACCCCCAAUAUGCGAGGGGGGAGACUCCGUGAGCCUGCUCGCAACCACGGAUCUUCCCCUUUGGCUCAUAAAUCAUUCCAAUCAUUCCAUUGA